CCCACUCCGCGCGGGACGAGGACGAGCCACUCUGUGAUUUAAGCCUCGCGCUCUUCGCUUCUUGGGAUUUGUGACUUUGUGACUUUGCCUUUUUGGACGCGCUGUGGUUCUGGACAUGUCUUUCCCUCAGCUGGGAUACCCCCAGUUCCUCGGCGCCUCCUCCCACGAGCUGUACGGCGGGGAGCGGCCGGCUUCAGCCCGGGAGGGAAGCGCGGACAGCGGCGUGAGCUCCCCCAGCAGCGCCGUGGCAGCUGCCGCCGCCGUGGGCUCCGUGCUCGGGAUGUACGCGAGUCCGUGGGCGCCUCAUAACUACAGUGCCUUUCUCCCGUACAGCGGCGGCACCGAGCUCGCCCUGCUGUCACAGAUGGGCUCUCAGUAUGACCUGAAGGACAGUCCAGGCGCGCACCCCGCUUCACUGCCCGUGCACGCGGCUCAGGGCUUCUACCCCUACGGGCAGUACCCGUAUGCAGACCCCAACAGGACCAAGACCGCCACCAGAGAGACCACGAGCACCCUCAAGGCCUGGCUCCAGGAGCACCAGAAGAACCCCUACCCCACCAAAGGAGAGAAGAUCAUGUUGGCCAUAAUCACCAGGAUGACCCUGACACAGGUUUCCACGUGGUUCGCCAACGCGCGGCGGCGUCUGAAGAAGGAGAACAAAGUGACGUGGGGCCGCAGCGCGGAGGACCGGGACGGACGGAUCUUCAGCAGCGACAACGAGGACGAGCCCGGGAAGACCGGGAGCGACGAGGACGAGGAGAUCGACCUGGAGACGGUGGAUCUGGAGCGGCCGGAGGAGCAGCCGCAGCGGGAGGAGGUGCAGGCGGGAGGCCUGAGCAGAGAGGCCUCAGAGAGCAGCAGGACUGGAGAGGGCCUGAGGCCCGAGAGCGAGGCCUCUGGGCCUCAGAGUAAAGCGGCCCCUGAGCGCUCUCCAGGAGCCAACGAGUGUCACAGGGCCCCGCAGAACAAACCCAAAAUCUGGUCUCUGGCUGAAACGGCCACGACCCCGGACAGCGCGCCCAAAGCCCCCGCGCACGCGGCGCUGGGGUCCGCGGGACACCCGGCCUUGUUGCCCGGACAUGGGAUUUACACGUGUCACAUCGGAAAACUGCACAACUGGGCCAACUCCGCGUUUCUCAACGCCAACUCUUUAUUGAACAUGAGGUCUCUAUUGGCCCCGUCCGCAGCGCACGCGCACCUGCCGCUCCACGGCGCGGGAACGACCGCGCGCCAUGACGCACGAGCGACAGCGCGCGGCCCCGGCACCUCGGGCACAGAGGACGAGAGUGACGUGGAGUCAUCAGGAAGUUUCAGCCCAAAAAGAGACGAUGAAGAGAGUGACCACAGGCCGGACUCAGUCAAAUCCUCGUUCCAGUUGAUCACUGACAGACCUCUCCACGGCGCACACAGAGCUCUGACAACGACACUAUGAGACCAACACA